AUGGUUGAGAUGCAAUCACAGUCCUAUAGAUGUCUCGCCAGGGCGAAAUGCUGCCCCUUGGAAGUGGUUUCGGCCACAAGGCCAACUGAGCUCAGCUCCAAUGAAAUUCUGAUUCGCAUCAAGUCUAUCGCAAUCAAUCCAGCCGACUUUAAGAUGAUCGAUCAGGGCCACAGGGCCACUACCUGGCCUCUUGUGCCAGGUCUAGAUGGAGCUGGUGUUGUGGAGGGCCUUGGAAGCGAUGUCAAAAAUCUCACGGGAGGAAGGUCCGCUUCAUAUCAGACAUAUGCCGUGGUGAAAGAGAAGGAUGUGGCCAAGAUCCCUACAUGGUGGACAUUUGAAGAGGCUUCAACACUUGGGGUCUCCUAUUUGACAGCUAUGAUGGCUCUUGGGAUUGGUCUGAAGACUCCGUUGCCGUUUCUGAAAGGUGGCCCAAUAACAGGAUUCAAGCCCUCGUCUGUUCUCAUUCUUGGUGGCAGCUCUGCCUAG